AUAAAAAUCAAAAAUACCAUGGAGAAACUUGUGCGUUUACCAAUAAACCAAAAAGCGUAAAUAAGUUUCACUGUUUUCCCUUUCCGAUAAAUUUACGUACAUCACACGAACGCAUAAUUAAUUAAACAAAUUCAUAAGCGAGACAGAGAAGCAACACCGAUUUUCGUUAUGAAAAAUAUAACGAAAUAAUACAUAGAAAGUGAGGAAGAUAUAGGGAGAAGCGUGGUGUGGAUGGAGAAGUUGAAUUUACUAUAUAUACCAGGCAAACCCCUACAAAUGAUAUCAGUUCAUCAAUUCUUUUUACUAAACAACAUGUUCGGCCUCAACAAAAUCUUUUUCAUCACUGUCAUCAUCUAUGGUGUUAGUACCGAAGCUGGGCACUUGGGUGAAAUUUAUGGACUUCAAGCUGGGGGUGGUGGUGAGGGAGCAUAUGGAGGAUAUAGUGGUGGUUACGAAGGACACGAUGACCAUUAUGAACAUCCAAAGUAUCAGUUCAAUUAUGCAGUGCACGAUCCACACACAGGUGACGAGAAACAACACAUUGAAGAACGCAAUGGUGAUGAAGUUAAGGGAACUUAUACUGUGAAAGAGGCUGACGGUACUACUCGAGUUGUUGAAUACAAAGCUGAUAAACACAAUGGAUUCAACGCCGUUGUUCACAAGAUUGGACAACCGCACCAGGGCGGGCAUGGCAUUGUUGGUGGUGGGUAUGAGGGUCAUUACUGAUGAUUUGAAGAUGAUGAAUUUAUAUGUGAUAUUUGUGUACUAUUUUUGUAAUUUUCUAUUCACCAAAAAUAAAUAAAACAAAACAAUA